AUGGCUUUCACAGGAGUUGUAACGAAGGCGGGGUUCAUGGAAAAGACAGCGACGGUGACUGUGUCUCGCUGGGUCAUCCAUAAACUAACGGGGAAGCAAAUUGAACGGAGUAAAAAGUACUUGGUGCAUGACGAGCAAAAUCAACUACGCACUGAGGACAUCGUUACGAUUCGGAAUUGUCCCCCCGUGUCAGCAAGGAAGCGCUUCAAACUUGAAAAGAUUCUGAAAAGCCCAGAAACGGAGCGCGAGAUUGCUCGUACGCGUAGAAUGCAAGCCAGCCAAGCAACACCGCAAGCAUCGAGCGUCCUCGAAGCCCUUAGAGCCUCAUAA